UUCCCAAGGCCCAAACCAUCCACCGGCACUUUCUCUAAAUAGGCAAAAGUCACUCUCCUUUCUACGGUGUAUCUGUCUCAAAAUUAAGGCUGCGAUUAAUAUUAGGAACCUUAAUAUUAGCAAUUUAAUUUGUUCCUCAAACUCCCUCCACUUGUCACAAAUCUUUACUAAGAAAGAUCACCCUCCACCCUGUCUUAGGGGGUGGGGAGGGGGGGGUGGGUAAUGGUGUUGUGAAAAGUUUCAAGAAUGAUAAGGUAGUAGAAUUUAUAAUUUGGGAUAAAGGGGUCUUUAAUAGAAUCUUUUCUUGAAUUUUUGGACAAACAUGGAUGAUAAUUAAUUACUAGUAACAAACACACAUUUGUUGAGGUUGUUUUUCUCUUUUGACUUUAAACAUGGCUCUAGUAAUGCAGUAUCGGUCCACAUUGGUAUUCUUACGUUGGAUUUUGUCCUCUAUUCAAUUCCUCUUCUUAUAAUCUUCCCUGGACUCUCUGUUCCAUGUCUGCUGAUGAUCAAGAAUCUUAGAAUAUUUUAGAAGGAGAAAGCUAUAAGUUUUCGCGCUUGUGUAGAGCAAUUGUUUUUGCUUUUGUGUUUUAUAGCCUUUUCUGGAUAAAGGUGGUGGCCGGACCAACUUGCAUGCAACUCGACUAUUUUAUUGGUACAUACCUCAGAGAAAAAAGCUGUAGUUUCUGCACAGAAGAAUCUCUCUUCCUCAGUUUCUGCUCAAGACCUCACUUUGUUUGAGAUGGAAAAUGAGAAACAUGAUGAUUCUUCUCCUAGAGGAAUUAUUGAAGCGUGCAUCAGAAACCAGGAGAAUGGCCCCGAUUCUCCUAAAGCUAAACCCUCAGGUUCUCACUCCUGCCUGUCAAAUCCACGGAUGCCCUCUCGAUGGCACAAGUUCUUCAAAAUGUGGAAGAGAAGCUCCAUCAAGAGACUACCUACCUUUCCACCUUUAGCCGUUCCGAGGAUAUCGAGAAGGAAAAGCAGAAGUGUGAGGGAGAAUGUAGCAACAGGUUUCUGUCACUUCAAAUCCUCCUGGAAGAACUUCAGCCUAUCUGACCUGAAAAAUGCUACCAAUAAUUUCAGCGAAGAAAACUUGAUUGGCAAAGGAGGGUAUGCUGAAGUUUAUAAGGGUUGUUUGCCUGAUGGUCAGCUUGUCGCGGUUAAGCGCCUCAAUAAAGGUACAGCAGAGGAGCAGGAAACAAGCUUCCUAUGUGAGAUUGGUACUAUAGCACAUGUAGACCAUCCUAAUACCGCAAGGAUGGUUGGUUACGGAGUGGAAGGAGGGACAUACCUUGUCCUUGAGUUAUCUUCUCAAGGGAGCUUAGGAUCAUUUCUUCGUGGCUCAAGGGAUAAACUAGAUUGGGCUGCAAGGUACAAAAUAAUUUUUGGUAUAGCAAAUGGCCUACUUUACCUUCACGAGAAUUGCCAAAGGCGGAUUAUACACAGAGAUAUUAAAGCUGAUAAUAUUCUACUUACGGAGGAUUUUGUGCCUCAGAUUUGUGACUUUGGCCUUGCAAAGUGGCUUCCCAAAGAGUGGACACAUCAUAAUGUGGGCAAGUUUGAAGGCACAUUUGGUUAUUUUGCUCCGGAGUAUUUUAUGCAUGGCAUUGUGGAUGAGAAAACCGAUGUAUUUUCUUUUGGUGUGCUGCUAUUGGAGAUAAUAACUGGAAGACGAGCAUUAGAUGAUUCACAGCAGAGCCUUGUGCUUUGGGCAAAGCCUCUGCUCGAUAAGCACGACGUGAAAGGACUAAUUGAUCCUGUUCUCGGUGAUAAGUACAAUCCAAAAGAGAUGCAGCAUGUGAUUCUAACGGCUGGCUUAUGUGUAGAGCAGAACCCACUUAUGCGGCCUCGAAUGAAUCAGGUUAUGGUCCUGCUGAGAACUGAUGGCAGCUACAAUAAGAAAUGCCUGCGAAGGACAUAUUCAGAAGAACUCAUGGAUGCAGCCGAGUACAACUCGACAAAAUGCUUGCAUGAUCUUAAACAGCUUAAGCUAAGAAAUUCAGUUUCUGAAGACAACAUAAAGACCCCUUAGCAGCUAAGCUAGAAUUGGUAAUCAUUUUGUCACAUAGUUUAGUCACAGCUUAUAGGAAAAUUAAAUAUUUUGGGUGUGUUUUUUACCCUCAUAUGUACUUUCAGAUAAUCUUCCCUGUUUUGCAUGGAAUUUGAGAAAAAGGUAGAAAGGUCCUCACUCAUUCAAAUGCCAUGGGAAACAUAGUGAACUGAGUAAACUCAGUCCAUGUAUAUUAUAUAUAUAUUAGACAUAUGGAAACUAUGUUUGUAAGUUAAA